GAGUGACACGGCAACGUAGAUCUAGCGAGUCCAGGCGAAUUCAAUUCCAUCAGCCUUCAACGCAAGUCGUUUUUUCCAAAACCCACACGCUAAACCGCCCCUCACCGUCGUCGCAUUUGCUGGACGCUCUCAUAUAAUCACUUUGCUUUCAAACAAAAGCAACAACACUUCAAAAUUUCGAAAGCUCUCAACUUCCCACUUUCCUCUCUCUUUCUCUCUCUCUCUCGCCGGCCCGUCGUCGUCUUCAUUUCUUCACAGAUCUAGGUCUACGAAACGUCAACGUUUCGAGCUCGCCUCAGAUCUCCUGGAUCUGAGUCUGACGCCGUAGUUGCUGCUGCUAUCAAUCUCCGAAGCCAGCAAUGGAGAACCUGAUCUCAUUGGUGAACAAAAUCCAAAGAGCUUGUACAGCUCUAGGUGACCACGGCGAAGCUAGCGCAUUACCGACGCUCUGGGACUCCCUUCCCGCCAUCGCCGUCGUCGGUGGCCAGAGUUCAGGGAAAUCUUCUGUCUUGGAGAGCAUUGUUGGGAAGGACUUCUUACCACGUGGUUCUGGAAUUGUUACCCGGCGUCCACUUGUUUUACAACUUCAUAAGAUUGAAGAAGGCAGCAGAGAAUAUGCGGAGUUCCUCCAUCUUCCUAGGAAGCGGUUCACCGAUUUUGCUGCUGUGAGAAAGGAGAUUUCAGACGAGACAGAUCGAGAAACUGGCCGCAGCAAACAAAUUUCUAGUGUUCCAAUUCAUCUUAGCAUAUAUUCUCCUAAUGUUGUCAACUUGACACUUAUUGAUCUUCCCGGGCUUACAAAAGUGGCUGUUGAGGGUCAAUCGGAUACUAUUGUGCAAGACAUUGAAAAUAUGGUUCGCUCCUACAUUGAGAAGCCCAACUGUAUAAUUCUAGCAAUUUCACCUGCUAAUCAAGAUCUUGCUACAUCUGAUGCAAUUAGAAUCUCUCGUGAAGUGGAUCCAACAGGGGAGAGGACACUUGGAGUCUUGACGAAGAUUGAUCUUAUGGACAAGGGUACUGAUGCAGUUGAAAUAUUGGAAGGAAAGUCAUAUCGGCUAAAAUUUCCUUGGGUUGGGGUUGUGAAUCGUUCACAAGCGGACAUUAACAAGAAUGUUGACAUGAUUGCUGCCCGGCGUAGAGAACGCGAGUAUUUUUCUACUACCCCAGAAUACAAGCACCUUGCUCCAAGAAUGGGUUCUGAGCAUCUAGCAAAAAUGCUUUCUAAGCAUUUGGAAACAGUAAUUAAGUCGAAAAUCCCGGGGAUCCAGUCCCUCAUUAGCAAGACUGUUGCUGAACUUGAAGCUGAACUGAGUCGCCUUGGAAAGCCCAUUUCUGCUGACGCUGGAGGAAAACUGUAUACAAUCAUGGAGAUAUGUCGUCUAUUCGAUGGAACAUAUAAAGAACAUCUUGAUGGCGUGCGCCCGGGCGGUGAUAAGAUUUACAAUGUUUUUGAUAACCAGCUUCCUGCUGCUCUAAAAAGAUUGCAAUUUGACAAGCAACUUUCAAUGGAAAAUAUAAGGAAGCUCAUUACUGAAGCUGAUGGAUAUCAACCUCAUCUAAUAGCUCCUGAACAAGGAUACCGUCGUCUCAUUGAAUCCUCUGUAAUUACUAUUAGAGGUCCUGCUGAGGCAGCUGUUGAUGCGGUUCAUGCCAUUUUGAAGGAUCUGGUUCACAAGUCUGUCAAUGAGACUCCAGAGCUAAAGCAGUAUCCUGCUCUUAGAGUAGAGGUUACAAAUGCAGCUAGUGAUUCACUUGAGAGAAUGAGAGAAGAAAGUAAGAAGGCAACACUAAAGCUAGUUGAUAUGGAGUGUAGUUAUCUGACAGUUGAUUUCUUCCGUAAACUUCCUCAAGAUGUUGAGAAGGGUGGCAACCCAUCACAUUCGAUUUUCGAUAGAGACAAUGAUUCAUAUCUCAGGCGAAUUGGGACAACGGUUCUGGCUUACGUCAAUAUGGUAUGUGCAAGUUUGCGUAACUCCAUCCCCAAAUCUAUUGUCUAUUGUCAAGUCCGAGAGGCAAAACGAAGCUUUCUUGACCAUUUCUACACUGACUUGGGAAAAUUGGAGACAAAGCAGUUGUCCUCAUUACUGAACGAGGAUCCGGCAAUAAUGGAGAGGCGUUCUGCCCUGGCGAAGAGGCUGGAGUUAUACAGAAGUGCUCAAGCAGAAAUUGAUUCAGUUGCUUGGGCUAAGUAGGCAUGCAUCACAUGCGCCAUUUCUUUUCGGAUGUGGAUUUUGUCGAGAAGGCCACACAAUUCAUUCAUUUAAGAUUUUGUUGUAAUGGGGGAAACGAGGGGGGUUUGGGAGCCCUCUUGUUUCAUUUUAGCCUUCAUUUUAUGUACUAACAAAUUGACAAGAGGUGAUGCCAUCUUUUACUUGAUGUCGUUAUGCUUGUUUUUUCAACUGCGACAUUUAUGUAGUAUAUAUGAUUUGCUAAAUGGAUGUAUCAUAUUUUUCAA